UGUUUUUUCUACUUGAAUUUUCAGUUGGGAGACAGAGGAUGGGAAAUUCACCACGUCACCGUCACCAGAGUUCCCGGCUACGGCUUCGGUAUAGCCGUGUCAGGAGGUCGCGACAAUCCUCAUUUUACUAAUGGCGAUACGGCAAUCGCGAUUUCCGACGUCCUCAAAGCCGGACCGGCGGAAGGAAAAUUACAAGUCAACGACCGUAUCAUCUCAGCCAACGGGGUGUCGUUGGAGGGCGCCGAUUACGGACGUGCCGUGCGAGUCCUGCGAGACUCCGGCUCUACCGUUUUAUUAGUUGUUAAACGAAGGGCUUCCUCGAAUUCGCCCGGUUGCCUCGGCAACACGACCCAGAGUCAUCGACUCACGCUCACACGAAACAAUAAAAAGGACGACUUCGGCAUAGUGCUUGGAUGCCGAUUGUACGUGAAGGAGGUUACGCGAGAAAACACCGGAGUGAAAACCGGGGACGUGCUAACCCGAAUAGGCAGCGUGGCCGCCGACAAUAUGAGCCUGAAGGAAGCGAGAAAGCUGAUGGACCAGUACAAAGACAGGGUCUCGAUCGUGGUGACGCGGGACAGCUCGUGCUGCCACGCGCAGCAGCCAGGUAAAGGGGAUAGCGGCGAAUACUUGAACUCGGGCGCGAGUUACAGUAGUCAGAACUUAUACGUUCCGCCACCCACGAGGCAGCCCUUGGAGGACAAGAGCAACCUCGUGCCCCGCGGUCGUUCACGGGGUCCGCUGAUGGACGUGUCCCUCAGCCAGCUGGAUCUGCCGGCUACGCCCACGGUCGAUCCACCCAGACCGCCUCCGCCCAGACCGGAAGAUUAUUACAGCACGCGUAGGCAACUUUACGAUGAGGAUUCAGUUUCGCCUCGAACAAAGCAGCCCAUGCCGGACCCUCGAUUCAUUACCUUCCAAAAAGAAGGCUCUGUGGGAGUGCGACUAAGCGGCGGCAACGAAACCGGAGUUUUUGUAACCGCGGUUCAAGCGGGAAGCCCCGCGUCGCUUCAGGGUCUUCAGCCCGGCGAUAAAAUUUUGAAGAUCAACGAUAUGGAUAUGAAAGGAGUCACGAGGGAGGAAGCUGUGCUGUUUCUGCUCAGCUUGCAGGAACAGAUCGAUCUCAUCGUGCAACAUCGGCGUCAGGAGUACGACCAGAUAGUCGCGUCCGGCAGAGGCGACUCCUUCCACAUAAAAACUCACUUCCACUACGAGCAACCGCAGAAGGGCGAGAUGAGUUUUCGCAGCGGGGACGUUUUCCACGUGGUUGACACUCUUCACAACGGGGUCGUGGGAUCCUGGCAGGUUUUUCGAAUCGGACGUAAUAACCAGGAGGUUCAGAAGGGCAUUAUACCCAACAAGGCGCGAGCCGAGGAACUCGCAACCGCGCAGUUCAACGCGACGAAGAAGGAGAUGAGUGCAAGCGAGAGCAGAGGUAGCUUCUUCAGGAGAAGAAGAAACAGCCAUAGGCGCUCCAAGUCUUUGGGAAGAGAUCAUUGGGACGACGUGGUGUUUUCUGACAGCGUGAGCAAGUUCCCGGCUUACGAACGCGUGAUCCUGAGACAUCCCGGAUUCGUCAGACCUGUCGUUCUCUUCGGACCCGUCGCCGAUCUCGCUAGAGAGAAACUUCUCAAAGAUUUCCCUGACAAAUUUACCUCUCCACAAAUGGAAAGUCAAUUGGAAGACGGCACGGGAAAGAACACGAAAACGUCCGGCAUCAUUCGUCUGAGCGCCAUCAGGGAGGUGAUGGACCGAGGCAAGCACGCGUUGCUCGACAUCACACCGAACGCCGUGGAUCGAUUGAAUUACGCCCAGUUCUAUCCGAUCGUCAUCUUCCUCAAGGCCGAGACGAAGCAGGUCAUCAAAGAGCUGAGAGCCGGCAUCCCGAAAUCGGCGCACAAAAGCAGCAAAAAGCUCUUGGAGCAGUGCCAGAAGCUCGAUAAAAUCUGGGGUCACGUUUUCAGCGCGGUGAUCACUCUGAAUGCGCCGGAAGCCUGGUACCGGAAGCUCAGAGAGCUCAUCGACCGACAGCAGCAGGGCUCGCUGUGGAUGAGUCAGACCAAGCCGGAAGAAGCCCUGUCGGAUGACUUCCUAUUCCCGAUGACUUCUCGCCUCUCCUACGCUUCCUCCCCGGAGAGCGAUCUGGAACUGAGCCCGGCGCCCGUCAUCCCCGGCACGUUGGGUCCGCCGUCGCGGCUCAAGAGCAGCUCCGAUCCCAGUAUCGCCACUCAGGACGACACCACCGCGCCGCCCCCGUACACGACGAAUUAUCAGCAAUCGUUCGAGCAACAAAAGAGAAGAUCUCAAGGCGGCGUAGGGGACAGCAAGUACGGCUUCUCUCUGUCCGGGCAAAUGAGCAAUCAGUCCGGCUCGCCCGAAUACCUAGGUAGCACCUUCGAGCCCAGAUCGCCCCAUCACAGCCCCCCGGAUCUUCCGCCGCGGGUCGACCGAAACGCGAAACCGGUCAAUCAAACGCCGCGGGGAACGAUAGGACGAUCCGCUCAGGAACGUCUCGGAGUGACCAAGACCGACUCCGUUCUGGACAUCGGGAAUUACAUCAACGCGACCCCACACAAGGCGAACGCGACAUCGUCCCUCGAACGGGCGCAGCCGAAGACGGGAAGUUACGAUAGCAUGUCCUCCUACGAUUCGUACAACAAUACCAACGGGAACGUCAGUUACGGGGCGACCAAUUCGAACACGUCGACGAACCGAUUGGGUCCGAACGUGCCUGACGAUCUCAAGACCACCAACAACGUACCACCGAGAGCGCACGACCCUUACAGAUUCACCAGAUCCACGGCUCAGCCCGUUUCCACGCACGACUCUCAAACGCGAACCGAUUAUGCCAAAUACAACCGAUCCACCGAUUACAAAUCGAUACCGAUGUCGCAAAACAAGCCGGGAGGCACAUACAAGCCGAUUCCACCCCCGAAACCGAAGAAUUACAGACCACCCCAGACUACGGUCGGACAAACAACGGAGAACAACGGGAACGACGGGACCAAUUCGUACCAACACUCCAAGAGCUAUUCCAUCGCCACGUCGCACGUGCACAACGGGGUAGAAAGUAACAGCAGCGUGCAGCGCAACAGCGGCCAGUAUUACUACAACAUUCCGCCACCCGGUCGUCACAACGAGGGCAAUCUCGUGAACUCGCAUCACAAUCUAAGUCAUCACCUCACGUCGCCGACCCACAGCCACAGCCUCAGCCACACGCACUCGCACUCGAGCCCGCCGGUCACCACCACGCACUCCCACAGCAACAGCGCCGGUCAGAUCAGUCUCGGUCUGACGACACACAAUCGAAACGGGACGAAUCACAACGGUUACAUGCACGGCAACAAUCACGCGCCCGCCGGUCCCGUCUAUCCGUCCGCCAAUCCCGGACACAACAGAGAACCCAGCGGCCUGGACCUGGCCGGGAGUCGGGAGCAAAGAGGCAGCGCCUUCGAGCUCUACCGAAAGCCGGUUUCUCAUUACAACAUGAGGUGAAAAAUUCGAGGAUUCUUUAGUGAAAUUUCUUCAAAAAAGAAAAACAAACCUUACGAGGAUCAAAUCUCUCAUUCCCUGCGCGCGUUUUUAAAUAACAUUUACUCUUGAAUGUACAAAAUGAGCUCUUUCAUUAAAAAAAUAAAAAACUCAAAAGAACAAAUUGAAACAUUGUCCGAAUAAAAUUGUUAUUUAUAUAUCUUGUGUACAUACGCUCCUUUGUUAUUUUUUAUCAAUGUCACGAAUGCGGAAACCGUUUCUCUCGACGACUGUAAUUUAUACUGUCUCACAGUUGACGUCUCGCAUCCUGAUGCGAGACUUAUGUUAAAUCAGGGCGAACGAUAUCUAUCGGCGCGCGGAGAGACAUAAUAAAAUCGUGCAAUCUCAUAGACGAUAGAACUAAGUUACGCCUAGAGAAAAUAUAAUAUUGCAAACAGUAUUGUGCCUUGCAAGAAAUUUCUCAUUCCGAUAUAGGAAAUGAGAAUAAUUUACAACCAAGUACUUAGAUGUUUUUUUUUAACGCAAGUUAACUGUAUUACACAAGAACGUGAAAAGUUCACACGGCGGAGCAAAAAUAAAGAAAAACGAUUGCGCAGUUACAUUUGUACGUCGUUUGAUUAAACAUGUGAUUACACAUGUGAUAACUAUAAUGCAUGAAUUACCUGUUAUUUGUUGAGCGUCAUUAUUAGCAAUAAAACCAAAUGGCCUUUCGAGAUCUUGAAUAGAAGAACGUUAUUAAUUAACGUUGUAACUGAUGCAAACGAAUAUAGUCUGCGCCAUUAUAUUUUACUUCAGUAAUCUUGUACCGCGAGUUAAGAAGUAAACAAAUUAUAUUAUUAUUAUUGUUAAUAUAAUAUAUAUAUAUAUAUAUAUAAUUUGGUACAUAUAUAUAAUAUUGUAACCCGAUAUGUGUUGAACUACUUACGAGCGUAAUUAGUAAAAUUCUACAAUCCUCGUCUCGCGCGGAAAUGUAGCAAAAAACUUAUAAGAUCUGACAAAAAGACAUAAACUACGUAUGCGAUGCGUAUAGAUUAGCGUUAUGAAAAAGCAAAAGGCCUUGAAUAGAUAAAUAUUCAAGAAGGCCUCGGAAAAGACCUUUUUUUUUACCGAAUAAAAAUCAUUAACUAUGUUAUAGAAAAAAAAA